UGGCUUUGUCCACACUAGAGAGUGUGAAAAGUGGGGCCUUCAUCCAUAAUAUAAAGAUAGAGAUAGAUGAGAAGAGGAACCUGCCUCUUACAAGUACAAUUCUUCUUCAUCAUCUCUCACCUUUAAACCACUCCACAUACCCAAUUCUUGAAUCUCAGUAUGGCUAGCUUUACAAGACAACUCACUGGUUUUGACUCCACUCCGGCAGCCGAUGCACCUGAAUCUGUCUACGUCGAGUCAGAUUUUGUGGUCAUUAUGGCAGCUCUUUUAUGUGCACUCAUAUGUGUGGUGGCCCUCAUUGCAGUAGCUAGAUGCGCCUGGCUCCGCCGCAGCGGAAUUGCUUCUACUUCUCCAUCUCACGCUGCUGCUCCUGCUGCUGCUAAUAAGGGUGUAAAGAAGAAGAUCCUGCAAUCUCUCCCCAAGUUCACUUACGCCUCUGCUGCUGCUGCAGCAGCAGAUUCGUGUAAGUUUACAUCAACUGAGUGUGCAAUCUGCUUAGCCGAAUUUGCAGAGGGUGAUGAAGUUAGGGUGCUGCCACAGUGCGGACAUGGGUUUCAUGUUGGAUGCAUAGACACUUGGCUAGCAUCCCACUCUUCGUGUCCUUCUUGCCGCCAGAUCUUGGUUGCGGUGGCUAGAUGUCAGAAAUGUGGCCACUUUCCUGCUAUGUCGUCCCCUUCUUCCUCCUCAUGUGCGCUUCAAACACAUAGCAAGGCCAGCGAAAGUAUUAGUAUCAGUAACACCAGUGCUAAUAAUAAUCAACACCAUACUAUUAUUACUGGCUUCUUGCCUUGACAAUUCCAAUACGAGGAUUGUUUUUUUAUUUGCCCAUUUACGCAUUGUAUAGCUGAACAGAGGUUUCCUUAGCCUCAGCCCUCAGACCAGAGCUAAUUGCAGUCCGAGUCAAGUCUAAUGAACAAAAACUGUCUUUUAUGAGUCAGCAAGACUUGUAUAUAUAAGUUUGUUUCUUAAUUAUAUUAGCCCUACGUUUCUUCUUCUUCAAAUGGAAGUCUGUAUUUUCUAUUGCUAAUCAAUUGAUUACUCUAUA